CCUACUUGUUACAAAGCCUGAGGAAUCAACUUCUUCCGUUCUUUCUCCCAGUGUGUGGGUAUCAACUGACCAUGAUGACAUUGAGAAGGUGGCCAAGGCAUGGGGAGCUCAGGUUCACCGCAGGAGCCCAGAGGUGUCCAAAGACUCAUCCAGCUCUCUGGACACAAUCCAGGAAUUCGCUAGAUUAAACCCAGAGGUGGAUGUGAUCUGUCACAUCCAGGCCACGUCUCCCUGCCUGCACCCCUUCCACCUGAAGGAGGCCCUGGAGAUGAUCACCAAUCAGGGCUUCACGUCCGUCUUCGCCGUGGCCCGACAACACCACUUCCGCUGGCAGGAGGUCAAGAAAGGAGGUAGUGUAGCCACCCAGCCUCUCAACCUAGACCCGUCUAACAGGCCCCGGAGACAGGACUGGGAUGGAGAGCUGUGUGAGAACGGAUCUUUCUACAUUUAUACCAGAGUAACGAUAGAGAAAGGCCUGCAGGGGGGAAAGUGGGCUUACUAUGAGAUGCUGCCAGAGUACAGUGUGGAUAUUGAUGUUGAUAUCGACUGGCCCGUGGCAGAACAGAGAGUACUGAGGUUUGGUUACUUUGGCCUGGACAAGCCUGAGGUGGUGCGUCUGCUGCUGUGUAACAUCUCAGGCUGUCUGACUGAUGGCCGCGUCCUCAUCUCUGUCUCUGGAGAGGAGAUGGUCUCAGUCAACACUAGAGAUACCAUGGGUAUCCGCAUGCUGCAGAGAGAGGGGGUGGAGGUGAUCUUGAUCUCCUCCAGUGAGGACCCCCAGACCAAGGCCCUGGCUGACAAGCUGUCCCAGAGGACAGGCUGCGAGGUCAGGCAGCUGGGCAAGGACAUCCAAGGUGAGGUCAAAGCCAUGAUUGACGACAGGGAUCUGGACUGGAAGGAGGUCGCCUAUAUGGGUAAUGAUGCACCAGAUGUUGACUGUCUGAACCUGGCUGGGCUGAGUGCAGUACCCCGGGACGCCCCAGUGGUGGCGAUCAACGCUGCUAAAUACUCCUGCCACAGUGCUGCAGGGCUGGGGGCUGUGAGGGAGUUUGCUGAACACAUCCUGCUGCUGAAGAAGAAGGCCAAGUCUCAGAUGGAACAGUACCGCAUACACAGAAAUACAUUCUAAACUCUAGAAUGUCUUCUACAGUCACAGAGAUCCAUUCUAAACUCUAGAAUGUCUUCUAAAGUCACAGAGAUCCAUUCUAAACUCUAGAAUGUCUUCUACAGUCACAGAGAUCCAUUCUAAACUCUAGAAUGUAUUCUACAGUCACAGAGAUCCAUUCUAAACUCUAGAAUGUCUUCUACAGUCACAGAGAUCCAUUCUAAACUCUAGAAUGUCUUCUAAAGUCACAGAGAUCCAUUCUAAACUCUAGAAUGUCUUCUACAGUCACAGAGAUCCAUUCUAAACUCUAGAAUGUCUUCUACAGUCACAGAGAUCCAUUCUAAACUCUAGAAUGUCUUCUACAGUCACAGAGAUCCAUUCUAAACUCUAGAAUGUCUUCUACAGUCACAGAUAUCCAUUCUAAACUCUAGAAUGUCUUCUACAGUCACAGAGAUCCAUUCUAAACUCUAGAAUGUCUUCUACAGUCACAGAGAUCCAUUCUAAUCUCUAGAAUGUCUUCUAAAGUCACAGAGAUCCAUUCUAAACUCUAGAAUGUCUUCUACAGUCACAGAGAUCCAUUCUAAACUCUAGAAUGUAUUCUACAGUCACAGAGAUCCAUUCUAAACUCUAGAGUGUGUUCUACAGUCACAGAGAUCCAUUCUAAACUCUAGAAUGUCUUCUACAGUCACAGAGAUCCAUUCUAAACUCUAGAAUGUCUUCUAAAGUCACAGAGAUCCAUUCUAAACUCUAGAAUGUGUUCUACAGUCACAGAGAUCCAUUCUAAACUCUAGAAUGUCUUCUACAGUCACAGAGAUCCAUUCUAAACUCUAGAAUGUGUUCUAAAGUCAGAGAGAUCCAUUCUAAACUCUAGAAUGUGUUCUACAGUCACAGAGAUCCAUUCUAAACUCUAGAAUGUGUUCUAAAGCAGGGAUGGGCAAACCUUUUGGCUUGAGGGCCGAACAUAUUUUUGGGGGACCGAUUUGUUUUGUCGAAAUCUAUUUAAGGGCCAGAAAAAGGGCAGUUAUUUUAAAAUAUAUAGGUCCAUUAUAAUAUCUACAUACUUUCUAUCUAGUUUUAGACAUUCAUGGAUUGUUUUUUACCCAUAAUAAUCAUUUCCCGCCAAAAAACAUUCUCAUUCUAAACCUCACAUGUAAACUGGAAGAGUUGCAUUCUCAAUCGCAUAGUCCUCGCAUCCUCUCUCCUCGUCUCCUUCUCUUCCCUCUGACCUUCUCCUCCAAUGGAUUUUGAGAAGGAGACGAGGAGAGAGGACGCGAGGAGUAUACAAUUGAGAACUUUCCCUUGUCAAUCAUUGUCAUGUAAAAAAAAAAGGAGUUGACAAGAGAGCAGUAACAGACCGGCACUCAGGUUAUUGCAUUCUAGAUUGCAUUCUAUCAAUCAGACAAACUCUCUGAACUCAUGCCUGGGCCAAACAUUAGGCAAAGUGACAAUACAGCUUAUUGACAUCUCUCUACUUUCUCUGGAGUUCUAGAAUGAAGUAUAUUUACUCACUUUCAUGUACUUAGCUCAGGCUGAAAUGUUUUUUACAGGUUGUCAGAUCGAUGUAGUUUGGGUUUUUAUAUCACUACAGGUUGUGUUGACAAAUACAGUCAGUACUUUUUUAAAAUGUCUUUGUUUUAAUGAAAUGAAGUAUAUAGACUGAGUUUGCAAACCAUUAUGAACACUCUUUCCAUGACAUAGACUGACCAGGUGACAGCUAUGAUCCCUUAUUGAUGUCACUUGUUAAACCCAC